CUUAUUUCAUAGAUUUUGCGAAAUCGGUAAAGACGAAACUAGGAAUGCAAGGAGGUGGUUACAGAGAUCCAACUAUAAAUACUCAAAUUACUACAUCAUAACAGCAUCAGUUAUUUACAGUAUCUUCACUCGAUACAUUGACAUCCAAUCAUUCUAAAAUGAAAUCUUUUGCAUUCAUUGCUCUAUUCGUCGCAGUGGCAUUCGCUGCUCCUCAAGCUCCGGCAGAGCCUAUUCCCAUCGUACGUCAGGACAGCCAGAUCAAUGGUGACGGCUCUUACCAGUAUGCUUUUGAAACAGGCAACGGUAUCAGUGCUGAUGAAAAAGGAGAAUUGAAGAAAGUUGGUGACGUCGAAACUUUAGCGGUUUCGGGACAAUUCCAAUACCCCAGUCAAGAUGGUCAAAAUAUUCAGUUGACUUACAUUGCUGAUGAGAACGGUUUCCAACCUCAAGGCGCUCAUCUGCCUACAGCUCCUCCAGUACCAGAGGCUAUUCAGCGCUCUCUAGCCUUCCUCGCCACCGCCCCACCUCAAGCAGAAUAAUAAAAUACCGUUUCAAGUUUCUCGCUUUAAAAAAAUAAAUAGCUAGAAACAUGUAAUUUGAUACAAUGACCAUCACUACAAUUAGUGAAUACAUACCAUAGUAACUUAUAACAUAUAUUUUGUAUUUUUGUAG